AUGGUUCGGAAGCGGCGCUACGCUGUCCGACCGUCCGCGGGCACAACGGGCGUCGUUCACGCCACCACACCUCCAAAGACCUCCGAGCACCAUGAACAGUCUCGACACCUAACCACCGUCGACAAGAUGCGAGCCAUGGUGUCCGACGAACUGGAGGAUCACGCCUUCGUGGUCCCCACCGAGCGUUUCAUCGACUGCAUUCUCUCCGAAGACCCGCAGGCCGACGCGGACGUCGCAGCCGCAGUUUUCGAUAAGCUCACCACAGGGCAGAAAUACGCUGCAGAUCGCUGGAGUGGCUUUCCGUCUGACGGUGCGACAGAAUCCGAGCUUUACCUGCCAUUCAUCCGGAUCGCGACGCACAUCGGAGCUGUAUUGAAGGAACUGGACCCAGAGCGCAAGCCGGGGACGCACGUCGCAUGGUCACCGCGCCCGGAUACGGUUCUCAAGUCCCUCCACAAGAAUGCUGCGCAGCUUCGUCCCGACAUCGUGGCUGUCAUAGGCGAGCAAGAUGCGGUUGACCAGAUGCAAAAGGAUGCGCAUUGGGUACGAGUUCAUACUCCGGUAGAGGUCAAGCGUGCAGCCGAUGCCAAAACCGUGGCAGAAGGGGUCGCACAACUGUGCAGAUAUAUCCGCAUGGUACUCGGCGACCAGCUCGAUCGCCGGUUCGCCCUCGGAAUGCUUUUGUGUGGUUCGAAGCUGUCCGUCUGGCUGUGCGACAAGUCUGGAUUGAUAGGGACGCGAAAUAUGAUCGACAUACAUAAGCAACCAAAGCAGUUCAUUCGAGUCAUCAUGGCACUCUCGCGACUUCCGCCGUCAAGGCUCGGUUGGGACCCCGACAUGCUCCUCAUCACGCCAUCCGGUCGAAUUCUCCCGUCCACCGACCCUUCCGUCGGAUAUACGGACUUUCGCUCUUCCUUGUACGACACGAAGUGGCAGAUCACCGUGCAGUCCGUGGGAACCGAACACGUUCUCGUCACGGAGAAAGCUCUCAGCAUCGUACGCGCAGCAUCACUCUCGGGGAGCGGUACCGUGAUAUGGAGAGUAGGAGAAAAAGCUAACGUCGAGAAGAAAUACGUGCUCAAGCGCAUCUGGCGCCUCGCUACCGCACCCACAGAAGAGCAAGUACGAUCGCGCCUGGGCGAUACCCCGCGAGUGUGCAAGAUCAAGUACUCUAGGGAUGCCUUCGUAGCUGGCUCGCUCGACAAUACGGAAGAUAGCAUUCGGAAGGGUCUGAAGCCUGAGGAAGGUGACCGUGUUGCUGUGGAUCAGGAUAGACCAGGGAAGAGGAGUCGGGCCGAGGCAGAGGGCGACGCGGGAAAUGACGACGCAAGUAACCCUGAGAAGUAUAUCCAUAUCGCUGCAGAAGACCGGCUGGUCAUCGUAGGCGUCCACAAGCCUGACAAUCGCGUUCGCUGCUACACCUUGAUGGAGACAUUCGGAAAGCCUAUCAAGUUUUUCGACAACGUGUCGCAGCUAUUGCAUGCCUUGAAAGAUGCCGUAGAAGGACAUCAAGAGCUCUGGUUUUCCGGAUCACUCCACAGAGACAUUAGCCCGGGCAAUAUCCUCAUCGUGGAAGACGAUCAAAGCGAAGAAGACGCAGGCUCCCUCAUCGACCUCGAACAUGGCAAGAUCCUCGAAGAUCUCAUGCCGAUGCCUUUGCCUUGCAAGGACCGUCGACAGUGUCAGAAGCUGGUCGAUUGGUAUGAGGACCGUCCCGGUGUCGAUGUUUCGUUUGAGCAGGCCGAAGAUCUGCUCGGUCGAUACCAAGACCCUGACAAUGUGGUUGAACAUGUAAAGAAAGCUCGCGGUGCAGGCAUGAGCGCGAUCCGUGAGGACUUCAUUGCACCCAAAAACCAAUACUUCGAUGUCAGGAAUACAGUAGCAGCCAGCAAAACACGGACGGGUACGAAGGCUUUCAUGAGUGGCGAGCUCCUGUCGCAACAUCCGUACGCACACAGUACAGAUAACCGUCCCGGAUGCGGCGCCCACGACGUCCUUCACGAUGUGGAAUCUUUCUUCUGGGUUCUCGUCUACCUCGUCAUUACUCGAGAAGGAUACGAAGGACAUCGUCGCCCCGAAUUACUUACGAAUACACCCUCUCUGGAAGAGGAGACCAUUCAGAACGUGACAUACUGCCUAUUCGACGCUGCCGACGAGCUAACCCUGCGGGACAACAAGAAGGACUUGUUCUUGAAUCCCGAGGAUUUCAAGCUCCAUAUCCUCCCGAUGUUGAACCCGAGGCUAGAGUCGAAGGACGUCCUGGCUGAAUUGGUUGAGAACUGGUGGAAACUCCUCGUCCUCACAUAUUUAACGUACGAUCUUUACACUCCCGGUGUCAUUCACGAUCAGGUUUUAUCCCUUCUCCGUACUGCGAUCGACAAGAUCGCUGCAGUUCCUGGAGAGAGUAGUCCUCGCUACCCGCAGACAGAAACAAGAACAUGGGAGUUCAGCCCAAGCAAGCGUGUCAACGAUAGUUCGGCCAAGCCUGCCACACCCAAACCUCAACGCGAAGAGUCCCCGACCCCCGCUCCCAAGAGGACGAAGAUAGGCCAGAGCUCCUCGCCUUCUUUGAUGGGUUGAUGACUUUUCAGUGUCCUGGAUCGUUUUGAGCGCAGCACCCUAACUCGCGUGUGCUCUGCAAUGCCGACAUCUCUCGUGUUUCGCUCUCUUGUUUCGCUCUCGUGCUUUCGCUACCUCGUGGAUCCGCCUCCGGAUUCACAUAAAUACCCUGCGGGCGCUUCCAAGGCGCGGAUUCGGCGCGCACUCGCGCAUGUACUUUAUCGAAUGAUCCCUCUCACUUUCUCUGUGUGCUGAACACCCGAUAUAUCAUCUUAUAACGUGAUGUCAAAACGUUAUCCGUGUUUUGUCGCUUACACAUACUAAGAUUGAUUCCAUGUAACGUCGUCAAUGAUCUAGCUGAAUGUCCC